UCUCUCUCUCUCUCUCUCUCUCUCUCUCUCUCUCUCUCUCUCUCUCUCUCUCUCUCUACUACAUCUUCUCUAAGGUUCUCUCCUUUGUGGUGGUGUAACCAUGCCAGAAGCUCCAAACAAUCCAUCAACGGGCCACGUCGAUCAGAUCGUCCAUGAAAAGAACAAGAAGGCCCUCCAAUUCAUCGAGGAUGUGACGACGAACGCCGACGAGAUCCAGGAGCGGGUGCUCGCCGAGAUCCUCUCUCAGAGUGCCCACGUCGAGUACUUGCAGCGACAUGGUCUUGAUGGCCGUACAGACCGGGAGAGCUUGAAGAAGCUCCUCCCUGUCGUCAUAUACGAGGAUCUGCAUCCUGACAUCCAGCGUAUCGCCAAUGGCGAUACGUCGCCGAUCCUCUGCGGGCAGCCCAUUUCAGAAUUCCUCACAAGCUCGGGAACUUCUGGCGGUGAGAGGAAGCUGAUGCCGACGAUCGAGGAAGAACUAGAGCGACGAUCAUUGCUCUAUAGCCUUCUGAUGCCUGUGAUGGACCAAUUCGUGCCAGGUUUAGAGAAAGGCAAAGGAAUGUACUUUUUGUUUGUGAAAUCUGAAGCUAAGACGCCUGGAGGAUUAGUCGCCCGCCCUGUCCUAACCAGCUAUUACAAAAGCCGGCAUUUCACCGAUAGGUCAUACGACCCUUACACCGCCUACACUAGCCCUAAUGAAACUAUCCUUUGCUCAGAUUCCUACCAAAGCAUGUAUUCUCAAUUGCUUUGUGGGCUUUGCCAGAACAAAGAAGUCCUCCGAGUCGGGGCGGUCUUUGCCUCUGGUUUCAUUCGUGCAAUCCGGUUCCUCGAAAAGAAUUGGGCUAGCCUUUGUAACGAUAUCCGAACUGGAACCUUAGAUGCCCAAAUCACUGACCCUUCAGUGAGAGAAGCCGUCAUGAAAAUUCUAAAACCAGACCUGAAACUUGCCGAAUUGAUCGAGAAAGAAUGCAGUAGGGCAUCCUGGCAAGGGAUCAUAACUCGAUUGUGGCCCAACACAAAGUAUAUCGACGUGAUCGUUACUGGGACCAUGUCGCAGUACAUCCCCACCCUUGAUUACUAUAGCAAUGGCCUCCCACUAACGUGCACUAUGUAUGCGUCUUCUGAGUGUUACUUUGGGCUUAACCUUAAUCCAAUGUGUAAGCCGAGCGAGGUUUCAUAUACCCUCAUUCCCACCAUGGCCUACUUCGAGUUCUUGCCAGUGCACCGCAACAAUGGGACCACUGAUUCAAUUUCAGUACCGAAAUCAUUGAAUGAGAAGGAGCAAAGGGAUUUGGUUGAUCUUGUUGAUGUUAAGCUCGGACAAGAGUAUGAGCUCGUCGUCACGACGUAUGCUGGACUUUAUCGCUAUCGAGUUGGAGAUGUGCUCCGAGUCGCCGGAUUCAAGAAUAAGGCUCCCCAAUUCAACUUCAUAUGCCGGAAGAACGUGGUUUUGAGCAUCGAUUCAGACAAGACCGAUGAGGUCGAGCUGCAAAAUGCUGUCAGGAAUGCAGUGAACCAUCUUGAGCCAUUCGAUGCAUCUCUGAUUGAGUACACUAGCUUUGCGGACACGUCGACCAUACCGGGCCACUAUGUUCUCUACUGGGAGCUCCUCCUUGGUGCAACACCGAUCCCACCAUCGGUAUUCGAAGACUGUUGCCUCGCCAUUGAAGAGUCCCUUAACAGCGUCUACCGACAGGGUCGUGUCUCCGACAAGUCGAUCGGCCCACUGGAGAUCAAGAUUGUUGACGUAGGCACGUUCGACAAGCUCAUGGACUAUGCUUUGAGCCGCGGCGCAUCGAUCAACCAGUACAAGACGCCACGGUGUGUGAAAUUUGAGCCCAUUGUCGAGCUGCUGAAUUCGCGGGUGCUUUCGAAUUACUUUAGCCCAAAAUGCCCGAAAUGGGUCCCGGGACACAAGAAAUGGAGCACCCAGAACUGAAAGUGGGGGAAUUGAGCUGUUGCUGAUGGUGGAAUUCCAUGGGAGUUUGAAGGAGCUGUUUUAUGUUGUUUUCAUCACAUUAGAGAAAGACCCUUUUUUUUUUCUUUAGGAAUUUUCCUUUUUCUUUUUACGGUUGUUUAAUAUAUUUAGAGUAAAAUCAGCUGUGUACAUUACAGUUCUUGUUUAAGGGCCUUUUUUUUCUUC